AUGUCUACCUCAUCGGACCCCAAGAAGAACAUUGCUGGUUUCUUCAAAACAGACAUCGAUGCCAAAAACGCAGAGGUUCUCUUGUAUGCUUGCUGUCUGAGCUCUGGUCUUGUGGAUAGCACACUCUACAACGCCUACAACACCUUUGUCUCAAUGCAAACAGGAAACACCAUUUUCGUCGGCCUGGGCGCUUCAAAUCAGAAUCUUAAGCCAUACGGCUGGGCCCGCUCUCUCACUUCGAUCGGAUGCUUUGUCGUCGGCUGUUUCCUCUUCGCCCGGCUGAACCGCCUUCUCGGACCGAAACGCAGAGGGACAUUGGCCCUCUCUUUCUUUCUACAAGUUGCUAUGCUGGUAAUCACUGCUUCACUGGUACGGAGCGGCAUAAUACCUGGCAUCCCCUCGAAUCCUGCUUCGAGCGAGGUGCAGUGGAGCCAGGAAGCCCCCAUUGUGCUCUUGAGUAUCCAGUCUGCAGGUCAGAUCGUCGCUAGUCGGGCAUUAGGGUUCAACGAGAUUCCAACUGUGGUCAUUACCAGUCUUCUCUGUGAUCUUGUUUCAGACCCAAAGCUGUUUCUCCUUCGCAAUGAAAAGCGGGAUCGCCGAGUGGUGGCGUUUGUCCUGACGCUGAUCGGUGCAAUCGCCGGAGGAUGGAUCACCAAAGCGACGAACGAUAUCUCGCCUGUGCUGUGGCUGGCUGCUGGAUUAAAGCUGAUGAUCUCUGUUUCUUGGAUAUUCUGGAGAGAGGAGGGGGAAAUUGCAGUAUAA